UAUCUUGUAUGUGUUGAUGAUCAGUGCUCAUGGUAUUUUAAGUCUUCCGGCCUUAAUAACUCAAGUAUAUUUAAGGUAAGAAAAUUUUGCAAUGUUCACACAUGUGGAAAUGAAUCAAGGUUUUUUUCACAACGGCAUGCUACUUCAAAGUUUGUUGGAGGCUUGAUAACGAGCAAUAUCGAUGAUCCUAAGACAAUAUAUACUCCAGCCGAUAUACAACGUGACAUUAGAAAGCAAUAUGGUGUUGAUUUGAACUACAUGAAGGCAUGGAGGGCAAAAGAAAAGGCACUAGAGAUAUUAAGAGGUAAACCUAGAGAUUCGUACAGAAAGUUGCCUAGUUACUUGUACAUGGUGAGGCAUACAAAUCCUGGGUCUGUUACAAGAUUAGAAAAAGCAGAGGAUGGACGUUUUUUAUAUGCAUAUGUAGCUCUUUACGCCUCAAUUAAAGGAUGGGAAUAUUGCAUGCCCGUUGUUGUUGUUGAUGGUAGCUUCUUAAAAGCAACAUACAUGGGUACAAUUUUGACAGCUUGCACACAAGAUGCAGCAGGUAAAAUACUCCCAUUGGCUUUUGUUGUAGUCGAUUCAGAGAAUGAUACAUCAUGGAAAUGGUUUCUAGAAAGGAUCCGAGAGACUUAUGGCACAAGAGAAGGUAUGAGUAUCGUAUCUGAUAGACAUGAAAGCAUUCUGAACGCCACUUUCGUUGUGUAUCCAGGGGUGUCUCAUUGUGUAUGCUUAUACCACCUUUGGGGCAAUGUAAAGAAAUAUUUCAGGAAGCACCAUAAGAUCCUGAGAAAAAUAUUUUUUGCAAUGGCUAACGCAUACACAACAGAAGAAUUUGAUCAAUACAUGGCUGAGACUUAUAGGAUUGACAAGAGGGUGAAAGAGUACUUAUUCGAUAUAGGCUAUCACAGAUGGUCGAUAGCACACUCCAACGUCAAUAGAUUCAUGGUGAUGACUUCAAAUAUUGCAGAAUCUGUGAAUGCAGCCGAUAAAGAGGUCAGUGAUUUUCAUAUAUAUGAUUUGUUGGAUUACUUGAUGAAGAUGAUUGAUCGUUGGAACAAUACAAAUAAGAAUAAAGCAAUUGCGACAGGCACAACACUCAACACAAAAUAUGAAGACCUAAUGAGGGAGAAAAUGAAGGAAUCACAAGGGAUGACAGUAACUCCAUCAACAGAAUAUUUGUAUACAGUUUAUGAUGGCGGAAAACGACAUGUGGUCAAUAUGCGUGAAAGGAUAUGCACGUGUAGGCGAUUUCAAAUGGAUGUUAUGCCGUGUAAGCAUGUCUUGGCUAUUGUGAGAAAAUACUACAUGAAUGAAUAUGAAUAUUGCUCAAUAUACUACAAGAAAAAUAACUUACUGAACACCUAUGAAGUUCCAGUGUAUCCUAUUCCUGAUGAGAGUAUAUGGGAAAUUCCUCCAGAUGUCAUAGCGGAUAUUGUGCUACCACCCAAAGGAAAAAUCAAACCUGGCAGGCCACAAAAGAUACAACACAAAAAUAGUGGUGAAUCAAGGCGAAAGAAAUCAAGAAUUACAUGUGAACACCUAUGA